UGCUGGUGGUCAUUAAACUCCGGUUAGAAUCCACCGAGUGAGCGCCUGUUUCAAUGGAGGGGCGUCUACAGCGGACCGGUUGCCUUCGGAAAUCUUUUGAGAGAAUACAUCGUUUUCAUUUGACCUCCUCUCUCCUGAUGUAAGGAUCUACUUUUUGAAAGGACUAGUUUUACUUCCACCCCUUCGCAGCACCCGCGUUAUCGCACCGAUGCCCCUCUGAUGUCCGCGCGGUAGCAGCAACAACCGCAGCUUCCCCAGACCCCCAUCGCGUGCCACUUGCCAAUGCAAACCAAGCGUACGUGGGUUGAAGCGCUCCGUGGGUCUCCCUUCUCUAUGGCCUCUUUUCCCUCUAUCCCAUCCCCCCUUCCCCUCCUCUCCCUCUUCCUCCUCCUCUCCAUCCCUCCAGUGGCUCCUAUCCAGCCCCAAUGGCCCCUGCAGCGCGUCCCUGUGGUCUUACCCCAGGUGACAGAGGACCGCCCCGCCCCCCACUUCCAGGCUGACGCCCGAUUGGACGUCACCUCCCCAUGUGACCCGGAAUGCCACAAGAAGGCUCUUCCCCCCAGCUACUGGGACCUGCGUAGCAUCCUGUCAUACGAGACACUCCAUAGCAACGGUCGCCUCACCGAAACCGCCGUGGGGAUCUACGGGUACACCGCCCGCCCCCAGACCACGCCAGCACUGCCUUCCCGACGCAAACGUCAGAUCUUUGGCCAUGACGGGCGUUUCAGCAUCGUAGGGCAAGACUUCCUGUUGAACUACCCAUUCUCGGCAGCGGUCAAGCUGUCCACCGGGUGUUCCGGAACACUGGUGGGCGACCGGCACGUUCUGACCGCCGCCCACUGCGUCCACGACGGGAAGAACUACGUGAAAGGGGCGCAAAAGCUCCGGGUGGGUUUCCUGAAGCCAAAGCAGCGUGACUCUCCCAAUCCUGCCUCUGCCACCAAUGCAUCCAACGCCCAUCCAUCACCCCCAGAUAAGAUGAAGUUCCAGUGGAUUCGUGCCAAGCGCACCCACGUGCCCAAAGGCUGGAUCAAGGGCAACGGCAACGACAUCGGAAUGGACUACGACUACGCCUUAUUAGAGCUCAAGAAGGCCCACAAAAGACGCCACAUGAAGCUGGGCGUCUCCCCGCCGGCGAAGCAACUGCCCGGGCGCAGGGUCCAGUUCUCCGGCUAUGACAACGACCGGCCGGGCCAGCUGGUCUACCGGUUCUGCCGGGCUGGAGAGGAGACGCCAGACCUUCUCUACCAGCACUGUGAUGCCCAGCCCGGGGCCAGCGGCUCGGGGAUUUACGCUCGUAUGUGGGACCGGAGGAGGCGGCGCUGGGAGAGGAAGGUGAUCGGGGUGUUCUCAGGGCACCAGUGGGUGGAUCGAGACGGGGCGUUGCAGGAGUUUAACGUGGCGGUGAGGGUGACACCUCUGAAAUACGCCCAGAUCUGCUACUGGAUCAAGGGAAACUAUGUAGACUGCCGAGAAGGAUGAGGAAGAGGUGGACAUGUCAUGCACAUACUGUACACACACACAGAGAUACACACACAAGGAGGAUUGAUGGAGGAGAAAGUGAAGGGGGUCUUCACUUCCCUUGCUGAGGAAGUGAAGUUGACCAGUGGACAUGUCAUUCAUACACAUGCAGUACACACUUCAUCAUGCAUUAAUACUGUUUCAUUACUAAUACAUCCAUCGUUCUGCAUGCAGACAUCCUCCCAAAACACAACUAGAACCACUCACAUUUACACCCAGGAAGUCCUUCUGUACAUACAUCCUCACUAACCCUUUCCAUCGUACAUGAAAUAAAAUGUACAAAUGUAUUCGUGCCCUUCUUACUGCAUGAUCAACACUGUGCUUUGAAACACAACUGAAAGGUCUUAUGACUGAGCUUUAGAAGAUGGCUUUGACCAGGGACUCCCUGGACCAACGUGUCAUGAUGGUGAAGAGAACAUUUACUGCACUGAAAGAAAGGAUGAAAUAAGAGGAACAAGACGUGUAAGAGAUUGGUGGAGAGACAGACGCAGUUUCACUGCUAAUUCUAUAGAUUGUCAGAGCUCUGUUGGGACAUCUCUUUUUUUCUCUGUUAUUGCCAAUGAAUGUAACCCUGUCAUCAACCAAAGGUGCUACCCUGCUCUUCAAAAAUGUAAACUCAAGGUAUAGACUGUCACAGUACAAACUGUUGGUUUUUCAAAUGGACCAGAGUAAAAUAUCCAUAACUCCCUCUGCUGGGCCAAAUACAAUACUACAGGCCACUCUGCUGCGUAGCACCAGAGUGUUGACCCUGUCGUAUACUGACCCUGUCGUAUACUGACCCUGUCGUACUGACCCUCAACUACUCAUGAUAUGCACUUUGUCAAACUUUAUGGGUGAGCUAUUUUUCUGUUUCAAAAACAAUUGUGCAGUGAUAAAUAUAUCAACUUUAUAAUGCUUUGGAAUAAAAUGCAUAAUGCAGUUUUGCUAA